CCUAUAGGUAAAUUUGCCAUUAUAAUGAUACAAUGAAACGAACUAAAUACGAGCAUUUACACUCCACUGUCACACAAUAUUUGAAAAGAAGACAAUUUUCAGAUAGCGAGACCAGUCAUAAGAAGGAGUGUAGAUGGCAGCAGCCCCUGGCAGGCAUGGCUCUGCAUGGGAGUGCGGCAGGGGAAGCAACGGGUACCAACAGUCUUGCCUUUUCCAGCAUCACUGGGGACCCUGGCCUUUGUGAACAGCAGUAUAAUAGGUUGAAGGCAUUUCUAAGUGAGCAAAGUUCAUUGUUUGGAGCAGACGUCCAUGUCAUUCUGUUCCCGGUGUUUGUGCAUAUCUACAUUGAGCUGCUCAGUAAUGGACACAAAACACAAGCUCACAAGUUUUUUGCUCGUCACAACACAUCAUUCAAGGUCGUUGAAGGCAGCCAGUCUACCCUCCAGCAACUGUCAGGACUUUAUUCAAAGGCAGACAUGAUCUCAUGUAAAGAGGCACAAGCAUUCAAAGAUAUGAAGUACAAAGUGACUUUAAAUAAGGAAAAGUUUGAGACUGUACACAGAUACCUAAAGAAUGAUGACAAUAUGGUUCUCCUCCAAGUUUUGAAUCAACACAUGCAGUUAGAUGUUGCAGGCGUGUACAGUAGAUCUUCUACCCCAUUUCAGCUGGUUAAGACAGACGAGGGUCCGGUACUCGGUCUCAAUGAUGACAAGCCGGAGACGCGGCAGCAGCAGCUAAUCUCGCCUGCGGUUAUUCCGGACAACAAGGUGGUGAAGGAUGACCAGGCAUUGAUGGGGUUGAAGCAGGUGAUCAAGGAGGUGCGGGAACGACCCCCGGGACUUCCCUCCAUCUGCUUCUACACUUUCCUCAAUGCUCACCAGGGGAUGUGUUGUGCUUCAACAUCCCAUAAUGAUGGUUACCUCAGUGGAGGAUUUGAGGACAGCAGUGUGAAGUUGUGGCGUCUCACUCCUGGCACAUUCCCACAAAUUGACAAUAGUGAUGGACCUUCUGUCAUUCGUCUUGCUGCGGAUUUUCCAGACACAGAUGAAGAAGAUCAGGAAGAGAAGAGAUCUCCUGAGAGGGAGUGUAUAUGGCUCGGUGGCCACACUGGGUCAGUGUACCAGACUGCCUUCACCUGGGACUCUAACUUCCUCCUUACAUGCUCGGAUGAUACCACAGUACGGCUGUGGGACCUAGAGAAGCAGACAAAUGCCGCCAUCUACAGAGGACAUAACUACCCAGUCUGGGAUGUAGACACAAGUGUUGUUGGAGACCACUUUGUGUCCUGCUCCCAUGACCAGACUGCCAAACUCUGGUCAACUGAGAGGACGUACCCACUACGCAGCUUUGUUGGACACUCCUAUGAUGUUGAUUGUGUACGUUUCCAUCCCAAUACUAACUACAUAGCGACGGGCUCGGGUGACAAGACAGUGCGGAUGUGGAGUGUGCAAGACGGGAAGUCUGUCCGUCUUCUGUCAGGACACAAGAGCUCUGUUCUCUCCCUUGCCUUUUCCCCUAAUGGCAUGCUGCUGGCAUCGGCUGGCGAGGAUCGUCGUGUGCGUGUGUGGGACCUGAGAACGGGAACCGCUCUCAAAGAGUUUCGGGGCCACACGGACACCAUCUACGCCCUCGCCUUUAAUCAGAAUUCUUCCAUGCUAGCAUCAGGUGGGUUGGACAGCUGUAUUCGAAUCUGGGACCUCAGAAAGAACACCAGCACAUCCCUUGCCUCAUCAGACAAUCACAACUCAGCAGAGCUCCUGGGUGCUUUCCCAACCAAGUCAACCCCAGUUGUCUAUCUCAACUUCAACUCUCACAAUGUUCUCCUUGCAGCAGGGGCAAAUUGAAAAGUCAGCUAGAAAUCAUGAUUAUUCUUAUGUCUAGACUGAUGCACCUGACAUGAAGUUAACGACCUAUUCAGGGAAUGGCUUGUUAGUUUGCUGGGUAGUGUACAUAUAUGACUGAUGUGUGAACUCUGAUGAAAGAUUCAAACAGUUGGCUAGAAACUGGUACAAGCUUCUGGCCAAAUGCUGGCUGUGGGUGUACACAAGACUUCAAUGCUGGCUUUGCUGUGAAUACAAAGUCUUCAAUGCUGGCUUUGAUGUGUACACAAGACUUCAAUGCUGGCUUUGCUGUGAAUACAAGACUUCAAUGCUGGCUUUGAGGUGUACACAAGACUUCAAUGCUGGCUUUGCUGUGAAUACAAGUCUUCAAUGCUGGCUUUGAUGUGUACACAAGACUUCAAUGCUGGCUUUGCUGUGAAUACAAGACUUCAAUGCUGGCUUUGAGGUGUACACAAGACUUCAAUGCUGGCUUUGGGGUGUACACAAGGCUUCAAUGCUGGCUUUGGGGUGUACACAAGACUUCAAUGCUGGCUUUGAGGUGUACACAAGACUUCAAUGCUGGCUUUGCUGUGAAUACAAGACUUCAAUGCUGUCUUUGCUGCGACUUACUGGUAACUGCAUUAAAACAGAACAGAGUGGCUUAGUGUAAAAACAUUCCUAGUAAUGUUGAAGACAGGGAUUUUCUUCAGGAAAGAAGGGACCAGGCAGUUAUCCUGUAGCAUACUCUUGUGUAUGGUUAUAUAGUGACUCUAAAACAAAGUUGCUUAAGGUUUUUGAACUGAUCUCGUAUGGUCACAAUAUUGACAAUUGUUUUAUAUCACUUAUGUUAAUGAUUUUGCUUACAUUUUUGUAUGGCAUAUACGUAUAUUUGUGGAAAAAUAUGAUCUGAAGA